AUGCCCUCCACACACAAAAAGGACAAACCCUGGGACACCGACGACAUCGACAAAUGGAAGAUCGAGCCCUUCCUUCCGGAGCACUCCUCGGGCCCCUUCCUGGAAGAAUCCUCCUUCAUGACUCUCUUCCCCAAGUACCGCGAGCGCUACCUGAAGGACUGCUGGCCGCUGGUGACCAAAGCCCUCGAAAAGCAUGGCAUCGCGGCAACUCUGGAUAUCGUCGAAGGCUCCAUGACGGUCAAGACGACGCGCAAGACGUACGACCCUGCGGCGAUUUUGAAGGCCAGGGAUUUGAUCAAACUGCUGGCGCGGUCGGUGCCUGCACCGCAGGCGCUGAAGAUUCUUGAGGACGGCAUGGCGUGUGAUAUCAUUAAGAUUAGGAGUAUGGUGCGGAAUAAGGAGAGAUUUGUGAAGAGGAGGCAGAGAUUAUUGGGGCAGAACGGGACGACGUUGAAAGCACUGGAGUUGUUGACACAGACGUAUAUUCUGGUGCAUGGAAAUACGGUGUCGGUGAUGGGCGGGUAUAAGGGGUUGAAGGAGGUGAGGAGGGUCGUGGAGGAUACGAUGAAUAACAUCCACCCGAUUUAUUUGAUCAAGGAAUUGAUGAUCAAACGCGAACUCGCCAAAGACCCCGCCCUGGCCCACGAAGACUGGUCGCGCUACCUUCCACAAUUCAAGAAGCGCACGCUGUCCAAACGCCGCAAGCCGUUCAAAAUCAACGACAAGAGCAAGAAGCCAUACACGCCGUUCCCGCCGGCGCCUGAGAAGUCCAAGAUCGACUUACAGAUCGAGAGCGGCGAGUACUUCCUCAGCAAGGAGGCCAAGCAGCGUGCGGCGGAGGCGGAGCGCGCGGAGAAGGCCAGGCAGAAGAAGGAGGAGAAGAAGCGGGAGCGCGAGAAGGAGUUUGUGCCGCCGGAGGAGGAUGGGGGAAAGAAGAAGAAGAGGAAGGUCAAGCAUGGAGAGGAGUGA